GACAGUCAGUCCUGGUCCUGGCUCCGUGAGCCUCUGCUGCAGGGGACAAGUGAGGGGGACUUCCAGGGAGUCCAGGGCUGCCAAAGAGAGCCCACACUGCCCUGCUCUGAGAUACCUCCUCCCGAGGAUUGGAGACAGAGCAGGUGCAGAGGCAGAGCAGCCUCCCAGCCUCCUGAAUGAUGCCAGCCCAAUGUCCCUUAACCUCCAUUCUGACCUUCCUGGUACUGCUGGGCACAGCCAGUGCAGGCCCCUUCUCUCCACGAUCCAAUGUCACACUCCCAGCCCCACGGCCCCCUCCCCAACCAGGGGGAGGGAGCCCCUCUUCUCAACUUUACGAGCAUACUGUGGAAGGAGGGGAAAAGCAAGUGGUGUUUACCCACCGCAUUAAUCUGCCCCCUUCUGCGGGCUGUGGCUGUCCCCCGGGCACUGAGCCCCCUGUCCCUGCCUCAGAGGUACAGGCUCUGAGAAUACGGCUGGAGAUCCUGGAAGAGUUGGUGAAGGGGCUCAAGGAACAGUGCACUGGGGGAUGUUGUCCUGCUGCUGCCCAGGCCGGCACAGGCCAGACAGAUGUGCGUAGCCUUUGCAGCCUCCAUGGUGUGUUUGACCUGAGUCGCUGUGCCUGUUCCUGCGAGCCAGGCUGGGGUGGACCCACCUGCUCCGACCCCACAGAGUCUGGAAUGUCUCCCUCUUCCCCUCCUGCAGCCUCGGGGUCUUGUCCCGACGACUGCAACGAUCAGGGUCGUUGUGUCCGAGGUCGAUGCGUGUGCUUCCCUGGCUACACCGGCCCAAGUUGUGGUUGGCCUUCUUGCCCAGGGGAUUGCCAAGGCCGAGGGCGCUGCGUUCAGGGUGUAUGCGUCUGCAGGGCAGGCUUCUCAGGCCCCGACUGUGGCCAGCGCUCCUGCCCUCGGAGCUGCAGCCAGAGAGGACGCUGCGAGGACGGACGCUGUGUGUGCGACCCAGGUUACACUGGUGAAGACUGUAGCGUGAGAAGCUGCCCUCGUGGUUGCAACCAGAGAGGACGUUGUGAGAACGGGCGCUGUGUUUGCAAUCCCGGCUACUCUGGUGAGGACUGUGGGGUUAGGAGCUGCCCUCGGGGCUGCAGCCAGAGGGGGCGUUGUGAGGACGGACGCUGCGUCUGUGACCCUGGCUACACUGGAGAAGACUGCGGGGUGCGGAGCUGCCCCUGGGACUGUGGCGAGGGAGGGCGCUGUGUGGACGGCCGCUGCGUAUGCUGGCCGGGGUACGCAGGUGAGGACUGUAGCACGCGGACUUGUCCUCGCGACUGCCGGGGGCGCGGGCGCUGUGAGGACGGCGAAUGCAUCUGCGACCCAGGCUACAGCGGGGACGAUUGCGGCGUGCGUAGCUGCCCUGGCGACUGCAACCAAAGGGGCCGCUGCGAGGACGGCCGCUGCGUGUGCUGGCCGGGGUAUACUGGGCCUGAUUGUAGCUCCCGCGCCUGUCCCCGCGACUGUAGAGGCCGUGGGCGCUGCGAGAACGGUGUGUGUGUGUGCAACACAGGUUACAGCGGUGAGGAUUGCGGUGUGCGCAGCUGUCCUGGGGACUGUCGUGGCCGGGGCCGCUGCGAGAGUGGCCGUUGCGUGUGUUGGCCCGGGUACACAGGCCGAGACUGUGGCACACGUGCCUGUCCUGGCGACUGUCGCGGGCGUGGGCGCUGCGUGGACGGCCGCUGUGUGUGCAACCCAGGUUUUACUGGCGAGGACUGCGGAAGCCGUCGGUGUCCUGGAGACUGCCGCGGACAUGGCCGCUGCGAGGAUGGCGUGUGCGUGUGCGAUGCGGGUUACUUGGGCGAGGACUGCAAUACGCGCAGCUGCCCCGGGGGCUGUCGAGGCCGCGGCCAGUGCCUGGACGGGCGCUGCGUGUGUGACGAAGGCUACUCCGGCGAGGACUGCGGGGUAAGGCGGUGCCCACGAGACUGCAGCCAGCAUGGCGUGUGCCAGGACGGUGUGUGCACCUGCUGGGAGGGUUACGCAGGCGAGGACUGCAGCAUCCGCACCUGCCCCUCCAAUUGCCACGGACGCGGUCGCUGUGAAGACGGACGCUGCGUGUGCGACCCAGGCUACACCGGCCCGGUGUGUGCCACUCGCACCUGCCCGGCCGACUGUCGGGGUCGUGGGCGCUGUGUUCAGGGAGUGUGCAUAUGCCACACAGGCUAUGGUGGCGAGGAUUGUGGGCAGGAAGAACCACCCGCCAGCGCCUGCCCAGGAGGCUGCGGGCCCAGGGAACUGUGCCGCGCCGGUCAAUGUGUGUGCGUUGAGGGCUUCCGAGGCCCUGACUGCGCUAUCCAAACAUGCCCUGGGGACUGUCGUGGCCGCGGAGAGUGUCGCCAGGGUAGCUGCUUCUGCCAAGAUGGCUAUGCUGGGGAGGACUGUGGGGAAGAGGUGCCAGCCAUUGAAAACAUGAGGAUGCACCUCCUGGAGGAGACGACAGUUCGGACAGAAUGGACUCGGGCUCCUGGCUCUGUGGAUGCCUAUGAAAUUCAGUUCAUCCCCACGACAGAGGGGGCGAGCCCCCCAUUCACCGCUCGGGUGCCCAGUUCUGCCUCAGCCUAUGACCAGAGAGGACUGGCCCCUGGUCAGGAGUACCAGGUCACUGUCCGUGCCCUUCGAGGGACCAGCUGGGGUCCUCCUGCUUCUAAGACCAUCACCACCAUGAUCGACGGUCCCCAGGACCUCCGCGUGGUGGCUGUGACACCGACCACACUGGAGCUCAGCUGGCUACGUCCCCAGGCUGAGGUGGACCGAUUUGUGGUAUCCUAUGUCAGUGCUGGCAACCAGAGGGUACGGCUGGAAGUUCCACCCGAAGCAGAUGGGACACUGCUUACCGACCUGAUGCCAGGAGUGGAAUAUGUGGUGACUGUCACUGCAGAGCGGGGUCGGGCAGUCAGCUACCCAGCUUCUGUCAGGGCCAACACAGCACCAGGCCACUACAGUUACCCGGAGGUGCGCCCCCCAGCCCCGCCCCCCAAGCCCCGUCCCCGUCCCGCCCCAGCCUCGCGGCCUCUUCGGCCCGCCCCGCCCUCGCAGCCAGCAGAGGAGGGGGAGGAGGAGUCCCGCCCCGGGCCCAGCCUGCCUCAGCCUCCGCGGCGGGCGUGGGGCAACCUGACCGCCGAACUGGGCCGCUUCCGCGGCACAGUGCAGGACCUGGAGCGCCACCUGCGGGCUCACGGCUACCCCCUGCGCGCCAACCAGACCUAUACGUCGGUGGCACGCCACAUCCAUGAAUACCUGCAGCGGCGUCGGGCGGCCGCCGCCCCCGCCGGCUCCCCUGCCCCGAGACCCCGUCGCCCCCGCCCCACCGCCAGCCCCGCUCCCGGCACCUGGAAGCGGGACUCCAACCAGGGCAUCUACGGCCUCUCGCCCGAAGGCGUCGACCGGUUGGCCGCGCCCCGCCACCCCAAGCCCGAGGUACUGGGCAGUUCCGCUGAUGGCGCGCUCCUCGUGUCUCUCGAUGGGCUCCGUGGCCAGUUCGAGCGCGUGGUGCUGCGCUGGCGGCCCCAGCUGCCGGCAGAGGGCCCCGGCGGGGAGCUGACGGUGCCGGGCACCACGCGCACUGUCAGCCUACCGGACCUCAGGCCCGGCACCACCUACCACGUGGAAGUCCACGGGGUGCGGGCGGGGCAGACCUCCAAGUCCUACGCCUUCAUCACAACCACAGGGUCCUCACCCUCGGGCCUCUUGGGGGCUACUGAUGAGCCUCCUCCCUCAGGCCCCUCGACGACCCAAGGGGCCGAGGCCCCUCUCCUGCAGCAGCGCCCCCAGGAGCUGGGAGAGUUGAGGGUGCUGGGCAGAGACAAGACAGGGCGCCUCCGUGUGACCUGGACUGCCCAGCCCGACACCUUUGCCCACUUCCAGCUGCGCCUGCAGGUGCCCGAGGGCCCCGGGGCACAUGAAGAACUGCUGCCAGGGGACGUCCGCCAGGCUCUGAUGCCCCCACCCCCUCCUGGAGCCCCCUACAAGCUGUUACUUCAUGGGAUCCCCCCUGGGGGCAGGCCCUCUGUUCCCAUCACCUACCAAGGCGUUAUGGACAGGGAUGGAGAGACGCCUAGGAAGUCCUUAGGCCCACCACGCCUGGGUGAGCUGACAGUGACAGAUGUGACCUCUGACUCCCUGCUCCUGCACUGGACCGUCCCUGAGGGGGAGUUUGACUCCUUUGUGAUCCAGUACAAAGACAGAGAUGGGCCCCAGGUGAUGCCAGUGGAGGGACCCCAGCGCUCAGCCCCCAUCACAUCCCUGGAACCUGGCCGAAAGUACAAAUUUGUCCUGUAUGGGCUGGUCAACAAGAAGAGGCAUGGUCCCUUGGUGACUGAAGCCAAGAUCUUGCCUCUGAGUGAUCCCAGUCCAGGAACCCUACCCCGUCUGGGAAAGCUGUGGGUGACAGACCCUACCCCAGACUCACUGCACCUCUCCUGGACUGUCCCUGAGGGCCAGUUCGACUCCUUCAUGGUCCAGUACAAGGACAGGGAUGGACGGCCCCAGGUGGUACCUGUGGAAGGGCCUGAGCGUUCAGUCACCAUCUCCCCCCUGGACUCUGAUCACAAGUACAGAUUCACUCUCUUUGGGAUUGCCAAUAAGAAGCGGUAUGGCCCCCUUAUGGCCGAUGGCACUACUGCCCCAGAGAGCAGAGACAAGCCUCCUCGCCCUGAGUCCCCUGAGCAGCCCCUUCUGGGGGAACUAACAGUGACUGGUGUGACCCCAGAUUCCCUGCGCCUGUCUUGGACUGUGGCCCAGGGCCCCUUUGACUCCUUCAUGGUCCAGUACAAGGAUGUGCAGGGGCAGCCCCAGGCAGUGCCUGUCGGGGGAGAUAAGAAUGAAGUCACGGUCCCUGGCCUGGAGUCUAACCGGAAGUAUAAGAUGAACCUCUAUGGGCUUCAUGGCAGGCAUCGUGUGGGGCCUGUGUCUGUAGUGGCCAAGACGGCCCCACAGCAGGUUGUGGAUGGGAUUCCCAGCCCCACAGAACCCAGCAUGGAGGCCCUGGAAACACCUGAGCACCCACGCUUGGGAGAGCUGACCGUGACAGACUCUACCCCUGACUCCCUGAGCCUGUCCUGGACAGUCCCUGAAGGACAGUUUGACCACUUCCUGGUCCAGUACAAGAACGGGGAUGGGCAGCCCAAGGUGGUGAGGGUGCCAGGACAUGAGGAUGAGGUCACCAUCUCAGGACUGGAGCCAGACCACAAGUACAAGAUGCACCUGUAUGGCUUCCACAGUGGCCAGCGUGUGGGCCCCAUGUCUGCUAUUGGGGUGACAACUGCAGAGGAAGAAACCCCCAGCCCCACGGAGGUGGAGGAGACCCCUAGCCCCACAGAACCCAGCACAGAAGCCCCGGAGCCCACUGAGGAGCCACUCCUGGGGGAGCUGACAGUGACAGGCUCCUCCCCUGACUCCCUGAGCCUCUCCUGGACUGUGCCCCAGGGCCACUUUGACUCCUUCACCAUCCAGUACAAGGACAGGGAUGGGCGGCCUCAGGUGGUGCGUGUUGGGGGAGAGGAAAGAGAGGCCACUGUGGGGGACCUGGAGCCUGGCCGCAAGUACAAGAUGCACCUGUAUGGGCUCCACCAGGGCCACCGUGUGGGCCCUAUGUCCACUGUGGGCAUGACCGAUCCCACCCCACCCACUCCGGUCACUGAAACCCCUGAGCCCCCAGUGGAGCCACGCCUGGGGGAGCUGACAGUGACACAUGUGACCCCUGACUCUGUGGGCCUCUCGUGGACCGUCCCUGAAGGUGAAUUUGACUCCUUCAUGGUCCAGUAUAAGGACAGGCAUGGGCAGCCCCAGGUAGUGCCAGUGGCUGCAGACCAUCAGGAGGUUACUGUCCCUGGCCUGGAGUCCUCCCGAAAGUACAAGUUCCUACUCUUUGGGAUCCAGGAUGGAAAACGACGCAGCCCAGUCUCUGUGGAGGCAAAGACAGCUGCCCGAGGUGAUGCCGGCCCAGGAACUCCACCUCGCCUUGGGGAGCUAUGGGUGACAGACACCACCCCAGAGUCACUGCGCCUCUCCUGGACGGUCCCUGAGGGCCACUUUGACUCUUUUGUGGUCCAGUACAAGAACAGGGAUGGGCCCCAGGUGGUGCCUGUGGAGGGCCACGAGCGCUCAGCCACCAUCGCCCCUCUAGAUGCCGGCCGCAAGUACAGAUUCCUUCUGUAUGGCCUCUUAGGCAAGAAGCGCCUUGGCCCCCUCACUGCUGACGGCACCACAGAGAGCCUGAGUUCUGUGGACCAUACUAGAACAAAACCCCAACUGGGGGAGGAGCUCCAGGUGACCAGCGUGACCUCUGACUCCGUGGGCCUCUCAUGGACAGUCCCUGAGGGGCAGUUUGACUCCUUUGUGGUCCAGUACAAAGUCAGGGAUGGGCAGCCCCAGGUGGUGCCUGUGGACGGCAGCCUCAGGGAGGUCAGCAUCUCAGGCCUGGACCCUGACCGCAGGUAUAAGCUGCUCCUCUACGGGCUGCACAACAGCAAACGUGUGGGUCCCCUCUCUGCCAUCGCCACCACUGCCCCUAGGGAAAAAAUUGAAGCUGAGACCCCUGCCCCAACCCCUCCGGCAGCUGAGCCCCACCUGGGGGAACUAAUGGUGGAAGAGGCCACUCCUCACAGCCUGCAUCUCUCCUGGAUGGUGACCGAGGGAGAAUUUGACUCCUUUGAGGUCCAGUAUGCAGAUAGAGAUGGUCAACUCCAAGUGGUCAGUACUGGAGGAGACCAGAGUAACAUCAUCCUCACUGGCCUGGAAUCAGACCACAGAUAUCUGGUGACCCUAUAUGGCUUCCAUGAUGGGCAGCAGGUGGAUUCUGCCCAUAUAGAAGCCAUGACAGUGCCUCGGGAGGAAGAGGAUGAGCCAUCAGAAGCACCCACCACCGAGCCUCCUCUCAGGCCACGCCUUGGGGAGCUGAUGGUGACAGAUGCCACUGCUGACUCCCUGAGCCUCUCCUGGACAGUCCCUGAAGGACAGUUUGACCACUUCCUGGUUCAGUACAAGAACGGGGAUGGGCAGCCCAAGGUGGUGCGGGUGCCAGGACAUGAGGAUGAGGUCACCAUCUCAGGACUGGAGCCAGACCACAAGUACAAGAUGCACCUGUAUGGCUUCCACAGUGGCCAGCGCACAGGCCCCAUCUCUGCCAUCGGGGUGACAACUGCAGAGGAAGAGACCCCCAGCCCCACGGAGGUGGAGGAGACCCCCAGCCCCACAGAACCCAGCACAGAAGCCCCUGAGGAGCCACUCCUGGGGGAGCUGACAGUGACAGGCUCCUCCCCUGACUCCCUGAGCCUCUCCUGGACUGUGCCCCAGGGCCACUUUGACUCCUUCACCAUCCAGUACAAGGACCGGGAUGGGCGGCCUCAGGUGGUGCGUGUUGGGGGAGAGGAGAGAGAGGCCACCGUGGGGGACCUGGAGCCUGGCCGCAAGUACAAGAUGCACCUGUAUGGGCUCCGCCAGGGCCGCCGUGUGGGCCCCGUGUCUACUCUGGGUGUGACCGCCCCUGAAGAGGAGCCCCCUGAUGCCCCUCCUCUGAAGCCACGCCUGGGGGAGCUGACUGUGACAGAUGCCACUUCCGAUACCCUGAGCCUCUCCUGGACAGUCCCUGAAGGACAGUUUGACCACUUCCUGCUCCAGUACAAGAAUGGGGAUGGGCAGCCCAAGGCUGUGCGGGUGCCAGGACACGAAGGCAGUGUAACAGUCUCAGGCCUAGAACCACACCAUAAAUACAAGAUGCACCUGUAUGGCUUCCACGGUGGCCAGCGCAUGGGCCCUGUCUCUGCUGUCGGUUCAACUGACCCAGAGAAGGAUGAAAUAACAACCCCAACUCUGACAGAACCACCAACCACGACCCUCGAGCCUUCCAAACCACACCUUGGGGAGCUGACGGUGACAGAUGCCACUGCUGACUCCCUGAGCCUCUCCUGGACAGUCCCUGAAGGACAGUUUGACCACUUCCUGGUUCAGUACAAGAACGGGGAUGGGCAGCCCAAGGUGGUGCGGGUGCCAGGACAUGAGGAUGAGGUCACCAUCUCAGGACUGGAGCCAGACCACAAGUACAAGAUGCACCUGUAUGGCUUCCACAGUGGCCAGCGCACAGGCCCCAUCUCUGCCAUCGGGGUGACAACUGCGGAGGAAGAGACCCCCAGCCCCACGGAGGUGGAGGAGACCCCCAGCCCCACAGAGCCCAGCACAGAAGCCCCUGAGGAGCCACUCCUGGGGGAGCUGACAGUGACAGGCUCCUCCCCUGACUCCCUGAGCUUCUCCUGGACUGUGCCCCAGGGCCACUUUGACUCCUUCACCAUCCAGUACAAGGACAGGGAUGGGCGGCCUCAGGUGGUGCGUGUUGGGGGAGAGGAGAGAGAGGCCACCGUGGGGGACCUGGAGCCUGGCCGCAAGUACAAGAUGCACCUGUAUGGGCUCCGCCAGGGCCGCCGUGUGGGUCCUGUGUCUACUCUGGGUGUGACUGCCCCACAGAAGGUUGUGGAGGAGACCCCCAGCCCCACGGAGGUGGAGGAGACCCCCAGCCCCACAGAACCCAGCACAGAAGCCCCUGAGGAGCCACUCCUGGGGGAGCUGACAGUGACAGGCUCCUCCCCUGACUCCCUGAGCCUCUCCUGGACUGUGCCCCAGGGCCACUUUGACUCCUUCACCAUCCAGUACAAGGACCGGGAUGGGCGGCCUCAGGUGGUGCGUGUUGGGGGAGAGGAGAGAGAGGCCACCGUGGGGGACCUGGAGCCUGGCCGCAAGUACAAGAUGCACCUGUAUGGGCUCCGCCAGGGCCACCGUGUGGGCCCCGUGUCCACUGUUGGCGUGACCGAGGAUGAAGCAGUGACCACGCAAGUGACACCCACCACCACCCCCGAGCCUGCUCUCAGGCCACGCCUUGGGGAGCUGACGGUGACAGAUGCCACUGCUGACUCCCUGAGCCUCUCCUGGACAGUCCCUGAAGGACAGUUUGACCACUUCCUGGUCCAGUACAAGAACGGGGAUGGGCAGCCCAAGGUGGUGAGGGUGCCAGGACAUGAGGAUGAGGUCACCAUCUCAGGACUGGAGCCAGACCACAAGUACAAGAUGCACCUGUAUGGCUUCCACAGUGGCCAGCGCACAGGCCCCAUCUCUGCCAUCGGGGUGACAACUGUGGAGGAAGAGACCCCCAACCCCACGGAGGUGGAGGAGACCCCCAGUCCCACAGAACCCAGCACAGAAGCCCCUGAGGAGCCACUCCUGGGGGAGCUGACAGUGACAGGCUCCUCCCCUGACUCCCUGAGCCUCUCCUGGACUGUGCCCCAGGGCCACUUUGACUCCUUCACCAUCCAGUACAAGGACCGGGAUGGGCGGCCUCAGGUGGUGCGUGUUGGGGGAGAGGAGAGAGAGGCCACCGUGGGGGACCUGGAGCCUGGCCGCAAGUACAAGAUGCACCUGUAUGGGCUCCGCCAGGGCCACCGUGUGGGCCCCGUGUCCACUGUUGGCGUGACCGAGGAUGAAGCAGUGACCACGCAAGUGACACCCACCACCACCCCCGAGCCUGCUCUCAGGCCACGCCUUGGGGAGCUGACGGUGACAGAUGCCACUGCUGACUCCCUGAGCCUCUCCUGGACAGUCCCUGAAGGACAGUUUGACCACUUCCUGGUCCAGUACAAGAACGGGGAUGGGCAGCCCAAGGUGGUGAGGGUGCCAGGACAUGAGGAUGAGGUCACCAUCUCAGGACUGGAGCCAGACCACAAGUACAAGAUGCACCUGUAUGGCUUCCACAGUGGCCAGCGCACAGGCCCCAUCUCUGCCAUCGGGCCCACGGAGGUGGAGGAGACCCCCAGCCCCACAGAACCCAGCACAGAAGCCCCUGAGGAGCCACUCCUGGGGGAGCUGACAGUGACAGGCUCCUCCCCUGACUCCCUGAGCCUCUCCUGGACUGUGCCCCAGGGCCACUUUGACUCCUUCACCAUCCAGUACAAGGACAGGGAUGGGCGGCCUCAGGUGGUGCGUGUUGGGGGAGAGGAGAGAGAGGCCACCGUGGGGGACCUGGAGCCUGGGGCAAAGUACAAGAUGCACCUGUAUGGGCUCCACCAGGGCCACCGUGUGGGCCCUGCAUCUACUGUUGGGGUGACCUCCUCCCUGCCCACCCAGACUCCCGUGGAGCCCCACCUGGGGGAACUGGUUGUGGCAGCUGUGACCUUAGACAGUGUGCACCUCUCAUGGACCGUGGCCCAGGGCCCCUUUGACUCCUUCCUGAUCCAGUACAAGGAUGCACAGGGACAGCUCCAGGCAGUGCCCUUGAGCAGAGACCUCCGUGAGGUCACCGUCUCAGGUCUGGACCCAGCCCGCAAGUACAAGUUCUUGCUCUUUGGACUCCAGGAUGGAAAGCGCCAUGGCCCAGUCUCUGUGGAUACCAAGACCCUCCCAGACAGGAAACCCUUUCCCCGCCUGGGAGAGCUGACAGUGACAGACGUGACCCCUGACUCCAUGGGCCUCUCAUGGACAGUCCCUGAGGGCGAAUUUGACUCCUUUGUGGUCCAGUACAAGGACAGGGAUGGGCAGCCCCAGGUGAUUCCCGUGGCAGCAGACCAGCGUAAGGUCACUGUUCCAAGCCUGGAGCCAAAUAGGAAAUACAAGUUUCUGCUGUACGGCCUGGCAGGCAGGAAGCGGCUGGGCCCCAUCUCUGCUGAUGGCACCACUGCUCCACUGGAAAAGACAACGGCAGCCCCACCCACUCCUGGGGAGCUAGCAGUGACUGAGGAUACCUCUGACUCCCUGCACUUGUCAUGGACUGGGGCCCAGGGCCCCUUUGACUCCUUCCUAGUCCAGUACAGGGCCACAAUGGGCAGACCCAGGCAGUGCCUGUGGCCGCCAGACCAGCUUAAAGUCCCAUAGAGGGCCUGAGCCUGGCAGAAAUACAAAUUUCUGCUCUAUGGGCUGGCUGGAGGAAAGCGCCUGGGCCCAGUCUCCGUCCUGGGAAUGACAGCCCCAGAAGAGGACACACCAGCCCCUGAGCCCUCUGAAGCACCGCAUCUAGGGGUGCUGACUGUGACCGAGGCAACCCCAGACUCACUACGCCUGUCGUGGAGUGUGGCCCAGGGCCCCUUUGACUCCUUCGUGGUCCAGUAUCUGGAUACAGAUGGGCAGCCCCAGGCUCUGCUUGUGGAUGGUGAUCGGAACAAGGUCCUCAUCUCAGGCCUGGAGCCCAACACCUCCUACCAGUUCUCCCUCUAUGGCCUCUAUGAAGGGACGCGUCGGGGGCCCAUCUCCACAGAGGGCACCACAGGGCCAGCUCCUGCUGGUCUGACCCCAGGAGACCCAGGACCCCGCCUGUCCCAUCUGUCAGUGACUGAUGUGACCACCAGUUCACUUCGCCUCAACUGGGAGGCCCCACUUGGAGCCUUUGAUUCCUUCCUACUCCGCUUUGGGGUACCAUCACCAAGCACCCUGGAGCCACAUCCACGUCCUCUGCUGCAACGAGAGUUGAUGGUGCCAGGGACGAGGCGCUCAGCGGUGCUCCGAGACCUGCGCCCUGGGACUCUGUACAGCCUUACUCUAUAUGGGCUGCGAGGGCCUCACAAGGCAGACAGCAUCCAAGGCACCGCCCGGACCCUCAGCCCAAUUCUGGAGAGUCCACGUGAUCUCCUAUUCAGUGAAAUUGGAGAGACCUCAGCCAAGGUCAGCUGGGUGCCACCACCAUCCAGGGUGGACAGCUUCAAAGUUUCCUACCAGCUGGCGGAUGGAGGGGAGCCAGAGAGUGUGCAGGUGGAUGGCCGGGCCCAGACCCAGAAACUUCAGGGGCUGAUCCCAGGUGCUCGCUACGAGGUGACUGUGGUCUCUGUGCGCGGCUUUGAGGAGAGUGAGCCUCUCACAGGCUUCCUCACCACGGUUCCUGAUGGCCCCACUGAGCUGCGUGCACUGAACUUGACUGAGGGAUCCACUCUGCUGCACUGGAAGCCCCCCCAGAACCCUGUGGACACAUACAACGUCCAGGUCACAGCCCCAGGGGCCCCAUCUCUGCAGGACUCCGCCCCGGGCAGUGCUGUGGAUUACCCGCUGCGUGACCUGGUACUCCACACCAACUACACUGCCACUGUGCGCGGCCUCCGGGGACCCAACUUCACCUCCCCAGCCAGCAUCACCUUCACCACAGGGUUGAAGGCCCCCCUGGACUUGGAAACCAAGGAAGUGACUCCCCGAACAGCACUGCUUACUUGGACUGAGCCCCAAGUCCUGCCCACAGGCUACCUGCUCAGCUUUGACACCCCUGGUGGACAGACUCAGGAGAUCCUGCUCCCAGCAGGUGUCACCUCUCACCGGCUCCUCGGCCUCUUCCCCUCUACCCACUACAGUGCCCGGCUCCAGGCCGUGUGGGACAAAAGCCUCACACCACCAGUGUCCACCUCUUUCACCACUGGUGGACUGCGGAUCCCCUUCCCCAGGGACUGUGGGGAGGAGAUGCAGAACGGGCCCAGCACCUCGAGGACCACCACCAUCUUCCUCAAUGGCAAUCGCGAGCGGCCCCUGAAUGUGUUUUGUGACAUGGAGACUGAUGGGGGCGGCUGGCUGGUGUUCCAGCGCCGCAUGGAUGGACAGACAGACUUCUGGAGGGACUGGGAGGAUUAUGCUCAUGGCUUUGGGAACAUCUCCAGGGAGUUCUGGCUGGGCAAUGAGGCCCUGCACAGCCUGACACAGGCCGGGGACUACUCCAUGCGUGUGGACCUGCGGGCUGGGGAUGAGGCUGUGUUUGCCCAGUAUGACUCCUUCCGAGUAGGAUCGGCUGCUGAGAACUACCGCCUCCACCUGGAGGGCUACCAUGGCACCGCAGGAGACUCCAUGAGCUACCACAGCGGCAGUGUCUUUUCCGCCCGUGAUCGAGACCCCAACAAUUUGCUCAUCUCCUGUGCUGUCUCCUACCGUGGGGCAUGGUGGUACAGGAACUGCCACUAUGCCAACCUCAAUGGGCUCUACGGGAGCACGGUGGACCACCAGGGAGUGAGCUGGUACCACUGGAAGGGCUUCGAGUUCUCCGUGCCCUUUACGGAAAUGAAGCUCAGACCAAGAAGCUAUCGGUCCCCCGUAGGGGGAGGCUGAGCUGCUGCCCACCUCUCUCACACCCCAGUAUGACUGCCGAGCACUGAGGGGUCACACCCAGAGAAGAGCCAGGGAUGCCUCCACCUCCCAGCCACCAGAGGAAGUCUUCUCUGCCUGUGAUCUCACAGCAUCAUGUUUACAGGGGGGAGGGGGAGGGGUUUCUAUGGGAGCAAUAAAGGAGAAACUGAGG